AUGUUGUUUAUUGAUUGUACUUUCCUCACUGGGAAGUUUAAGGGCGGUCUUAUGGUUGCUUGCGGAAAAACUGGUAACCAAGUUUCACUUGUUGAUCCUCUAAUAUGUGUUGUUGAUCUUAUAAUUUCAGUUGUUGAUCCCAUAAAGAUCUAUCCAGUUGCAUUUGGAAUAGUUCCCCAUGAAAAUUGUGCCUGUUGGGAAUGGUUCUUAACCAAUUUGAAGGGUAUUAUAAGUGAAGACCGCCCACUGACCAUCAUAUCAGACCAUGUAGCUAUCCUUUUGAAGCAUCUCCCUCUUGUCUUUCCAAAAGCUUUCCAUUCUUUCUGUUUGUACCACAUGAAAGGUAAUGUUCCUGUUCCAAAUGGAAAGAGUAUGCAAACUGCUGUGAAGCUUUUUGAAGAGUGCUACAUUGCGUUAACAAAGGAGAAGUUUUAUGCUGCUGCCAAGACUAUGAGAAAUCUGAAGAUGGAUUCAGUUAUUGAUUGGAUGAUAAAGAUUCCGUUCCAGAACUGGGUUGCUCAUGCGUUUCUAGGAGAAAUGUUUGGUGAGAACACAUCAAACAUUGCUGAGAGUUUUGACAGUAUGAUUAAGCAUGAUAAGCGGCUUCCAGCACUUGAGCUUCUUGAUUCUAUUCGUGCAUAUGUAACGAAGCAGAACUACAAGAGGAAGGUGGAGUCUGGUAAGUGGACUGGAAAGCUUAUUCCCCGGAUGCAAGCUAGGCUCAAUAAGAGGGUGACUGAUUGCCGUUUUUACAAGUUCCAGAGAUCAAGUGAUAAAGUUUUUGAGGUCAUUUCUCCUACUGGAAAGCACUUAGUCGACUUGGAUGCUAAGACUUGCACUUGA